AUGUCACGCACCAAAGUCAUGUCCUUCUAUCCGCCUGGCGCCGUCAACGGCCGCCUUCAUGGUUUCGAAUUCACCUUUGAGGCCAUCCCCGACAAAUCAUCCUUGCACGACAGCAGUUUGGAGCCCGAUUCUGAUCCCUAUGAGGGAGAAACGGAAUCGUUGCCGGAUAGCGUUGAAUGUUUUCCUCGACAUUUUGGUAGGACUUAUCACGCGUAUCAGGCCGGUUCUUACGUCUUCCCCAAUGACGCUGCGGAGCAGGAGCGGUUAGACCUCCAAUCGCUAGCUCUCACACACCUCUUCAGUGAAAGACUGCAUUUCGCCCCUAUCACCGAGGACCACCCCCCAAAACGCAUUCUCGAUGUCGGCACGGGGACGGGGGCGUGGGCGAUGGACAUGGGUGACAGCUAUCCGGAAGCCCGCGUUAUCGGAGUUGACUUGUCGCCAAUUCAAGGCAAUGCUGUCCCGCCGAACGUUCAUUUCUACGUCGAGGACGCUUCCCAAUCAUGGGCAUGGCCGGACCCUUUUGAUUAUAUACACACCCGCGUUCUCCUCGGUUCCUUCGCCGACUUCAAGAACGAAGUUAUUCAGCAAGCAUUCGACUCCCUACGCCCUGGCGGCUGGCUCGAGUCCCAGGAUUUCAACGUUGAGGCGGCCUCUGACGACGAUACCUUAUCCCCGGAAAGCUCGUUAUCUCUCUGGGUCAGGGACAUGAACUACGCAAGCGAAAUGAUCGGCCGGCCGUUGUCCAGAGCGCAAUAUUUGAAACAGUGGUAUGAGGAGGUCGGGUUCGUAGACGUGCACGAGCGCGUGUUCAAGAUACCGCUGAACGGAUGGGCCAAGAACCCCAGGCAUAAGCACAUCGGCAAGCUCUGGGAACAAAAUUUCCUGGACGGUCUCAGUGGCUUCAGUUUGGCGUUAUUUACACAGGUUCUGGAUCGCAAACAAGAGGAGGUGGAAGUUUCGUUAGUAGGUGUGCGGAAAGACAUUAGUAACGUGCACAUUCACGCAUAUCAACACAUCUGGGUUGUCUGGGGUCGCAAACCAUAUCCAGGAGAGACAGUUCCUGCGGCUUCGUCGGAGAACAGUGAGAUGACAGGAUGA